AUGGGUACUAAUGGUGAUAGCUUCAUUGUAGACUUGAGGGCACAGUCUUGCACUUGUAAUCUGUGGGAGUUGGUAGGAAUUCCAUGCAGGCAUGCUGUUGCAUGCAUAUCAUACAAUUGUCUAAACCCACAGUCCUUUGUGCAUGAUUACUACAAGAGAGCAGCUUAUGAAGCAACCUAUGGUCAUGAGAUCAGUCCUAUUAAUGGCCAGACAAUGUGGGAACCUACCAAUGACCCUGACAUACUACCACCACUGUUUAAAAGGAGGCCUGGAAGACCUAAGAAACUGAGAAGAAGGGACCCUUAUGAAGAUACAGAGCAGGCACAUCUAAACAGAGGAGUUGCAAGGCACAGGUGCAGUAGAUGUGGGCAGCAUGGACAUAAUACAAGGAGAUGCACACUUCCCCCACCUGUAAAUGAAGAAGGAGAAAAUUCUCAAGCACAAAAUGAAAGUCAGGUCAUUAAUGAAACUCAAACACAAACUGAAACCCAAGCACAAAAUCAAGUUCCCACAGAUGGAGGAACCUCUCAAGCUGGGCCUUCUCAGCCUGGGCCAUCUCAGGUUGCUAGACCACCUCAAGUUCGUAGGUGCAGCAGAUGUAAGCAAGUUGGACACAAUUCAAGGAGAUGCAGUCUUCCUGUCAUAACUCAAACUGCUACUUCUCAAGCCGUUCAUGAUGGAGCCUCUCAAGCUGUGCAAUCUCAGGUUGAAGAUGGAGCAAGAACUCAGGAAGAAGGUGUGGCGAAUCUGCCAGGAUCUGGAGCUGCAUCUCAGGUUCAUGGUGGGGAAGAUCUGGCAGCUGCAUCUGCAUCUCAAGCUGUAUGA